AUGACCAGCUUCAGCCUUCAGCCUUCAACCUCACAGAAUGAGCGCAUUCAAUUUCAAGCAAUAUGCAGACACACACAACUAGCUGUCCGCCAAGCAACCGAUGCUGUUCGGUUCAACUUCUGGGUACAGAAACACAACAACCGAAUCUUGCUCUCGAUCUCUUGGCUCUCUCCGAUUCCGAACACCACAACCUCGCAGGAAACACCCCAGACGGACGGACACAAACGGACAUGUAGGACUCCUUAUGCUGAUCAAGCUAAACACAAGUUGAGACGGUCGAUUGGCCGGUUCCUACGUUGA